UCAAUACCAUUUUUCAAUUUCUUCUUCAUCUAUACACAAGGUUUUUUCCCAAGUCUCUGCUAUCAUUUCUUGUUAUAUAAUCAUUUCAUCAAGGUUUUUGUUUCCAUCGAUUUUAAGUCUUUGAAGCUCUGAAUUCUGUUAAGCUUUUAUCCUUUGAAACAUUUGAAGUAUUGUCGGUGGUGAAGCUCAGAAUUCUAUCGCGAUUUUAUAGAUCUUCACCGUUUUUAGAGUAAUUGACAGCGAGUGUAUCUGCAUUUACUUGCAAAGGAAAGUGCGGUGAGAAUCAUAAUUUGAAGGCUUGCUUUUUUGGUAACAUGAGGGACAAGGUGACUCAGUAUGUGCGUGUUUUCAACCACUUUGACGAGAACGGAGACGGCAAAAUAUCACCGUCGGAGUUGCGGCAGUGCGUGGAGGCGAUCGGCGGGAAGCUGUCGUGGGCGGAGGCGGAGGCCUUGGUGGAGGUUCUGGACUCGGACAAGGACGGGUUGGUGGGGUUGGAUGAUUUUGUGAGGUUUGUGGAGGAAGGAGAAGAAGAAGAGAAAGUGAAAGACCUGAGAGAAGCUUUUAAGAUGUAUGAAAUGGAGGGGUGUGAUUGCAUCACACCGAAGAGUUUGAUGAGAAUGCUUGGUAGAUUAGGAGAGUGCAAGAGCAUAGAUGAGUGUGAAACUAUGAUAGCUAGAUUUGACCUUAACGGGGAUGGGGUUCUUAGUUUUGAUGAAUUUAGGGUUAUGAUGUUGUAAAAUGCUUUCUCAUGUAUGAGAAACAACAUCUGCCAUCA